CGUCAUAAGCCAUGGAUUCCAUAACCAUGACAAUCCCCUCCUUCCUCAUCUCCUCUCUUUUCUUCUUCCUCCUCUCCACGCCAAACUCAGCCACUGCCUCCGACAGUGUCCCCGCUGUCUUUGCCUUCGGCGACUCCACCAUUGACCCCGGCAACAACAACCACAUUAACACUCUCUUUCGCGGUUACCACUCCCACUACAGCCGUGUCGCAACAGGGAGAUUCUCAAACGGGAAGAUAGCCACCGAUUACCUCACCAACAUUCUAGGCAUCAAGGACGUUUUGCCCGCUUACCUUGACCCGCGCUUGACCGACUGUGAUUUGCUCACUGGGGUUAGUUUUGGCUCUGGGGGUUCUGGGUUGGAUAACAGAACUUUGGCAUUGACAAGGGCUAUGGGUUUGGAAACACAGUUUGAGUUGUUUGAGGAGGCUUUGAGGAGGAUAAGGAAAAUUGUUGGAGAUGAAAAGACUAAUGAUAUCGUCCAGAAUGCCUUGUUUGUGAUCAGUACCGGGACUAAUGAUAUGUUGUACAAUGCAUAUUUGAUACCUAUCAGGUUCAUUGGUUAUGGUUCUGUCUCAGCUUACCAAGAUUUUCUGCUCCAAAAUCUUCAGGCUUUCAUUCAGAGACUUUAUGGAGCUGGAGCUCGUCGAAUUAUGGUGUCAGGUCUUCCCCCUAUUGGUUGUCUGCCACAACAAGUGACACUUACCAGCAUCUUCACCAGCCGGAACUGGCCCCUGCGUGUGUGCAACUACCAACAGAACAAGGAUUCUGAAUACUACAACCUCAAGCUUCAAUCACAACUUCAUUUUUUGCGAACCACACUCACUGGUGCUAAGGUUGCAUACUUCGAUAUCUAUACCCCCAUUCUAGAUAUGGUCCAAUUCCCACACAAGUAUGGCUUUGUACAAUCACGUCUAGGAUGCUGUGGGACAGGGCUAAUGGAGAUGGGUCCUGUGUGCAAUGCACUUGAGCUAACUUGCCCUGAUCCAUCAAAGUAUCUCUUCUGGGAUGCUGUGCACCUCACACAAGCAGGAUACAAGGUUCUUGCAGAGACAGGUCGCCAGAGUGUGCUUCCAUACCUUACUAGUUAGGCUAGGCUAGGCCAUCAUGAAUUUAUGAU